UGUUCACUCCACAGUGUGUGAGUGUGUAAGUGUGUGUGAUGGAGUCGCUCGCGCUCAGCUCCUUGCUGCUGUGUCUUUGCUCGGUAGUUCUUGUUUCUCCGGUGAGCGCGCGGAUCGGUAAGCGCGCGCUGAUCGGAGCUUGUCCCGUGCGUUGUGACAAGUCUCGCUGUCCUGCGCUGCCCGCGCGCUGCGUCACGGAGCUCGCGCUCGACGCGUGCGGCUGCUGCGCGGUGUGCGCAUCCGGUGAGGGCGAGGCGUGUGCGGGGGUCGGGGGCGCGAGGCGGCUAGGCGAUCCGGUGUGCGCGCGCGGGCUGCGGUGCGUGGAGUCAUCAUCCUCAUCACCACCACCAUCUUCCUCAUCAUUAUCGUCACCGGUCGUGCUCCGGCGCAGGGCGCGAACAGCAGUGUGUGUGUGCGCGAGCGAGGAGCCGGUGUGCGGCAGCGACGGAGUGUCGUACCGGAGCGCGUGCGAACUGAAACGGGCCAGCGACCGCGCGCAAGAGCUGCAACAGACGCCCGUGCUGCUCGUGCACAAAGGAGCGUGCGGACAAGUUCAGGAGAAGCCAACCAGUCUGAGAUAUAAAUACAAUUUCAUCGCUGACGUGGUGGAGAAAAUCGCACCUGCUGUCGUUCAUAUUGAACUCUACCGCAAGAUGGUGUACAGUUUGCGUGAGAGGGCUGUGGCAACUGGUUCGGGAUUUAUCGUGUCUGAUGAUGGACUCAUUGUCACUAACGCCCAUGUUGUCGCUGAUAAAAACCGAGUGAAGGUUGAACUGAAAAAUGGACAGUCAUAUGACGCUAAAAUCACAGACAUCGACGAAAGAUCAGACAUCGCUCUCCUCAAGAUCAACUCUCCGAAUAAACUUCCUGUGUUGAGUCUGGGCCGGUCAGCUGAUCUGAGACCAGGUGAGUUUGUGGUGGCUAUCGGGAGUCCGUUUUCACUCCAGCACACGGUGACGACGGGGAUCGUCAGCACCACGCAGCGGGGAGGGAAAGAGCUCGGUCUACGCAACUCCGACAUGGACUACAUCCAGACUGACGCCAUCAUCAAUUACGGAAACUCAGGAGGACCACUGGUUAAUCUGGACGGUGAAGUGAUUGGAAUAAACACUCUGAAGGUGACAGCGGGAAUCUCCUUCGCAAUUCCAUCAGACAAGAUCAAAGAAUUUCUCACCGAGUCCUACGACAGACAGGCCAGAGGUCGAGUAGCAGCUAAGAAGAAAUACAUCGGUAUUCGGAUGAUGACGCUGACACCUGAGCUGGUGAAGGAGCUGAAAGAGAAGCUGGGUGAUUUUCCAGACGUCACAUCCGGUGCUUAUGUGGUCGAGGUCAUCUCCAAAACUCCAGCAGCAGUAGGUGGAGUGAAGGAAAAUGACAUCAUCAUUUCGGUUAAUGGGGUGCGGAUUUCCUCAGCUGCUGAUGUCAGUGCUGUAAUUAACAAACAUGGCGUGUUACGCAUCAUCGUUCGCCGUGGCAACGAGGACGUCCCUCUCACUGUUGUUCCCGUGGAGAUCGACCCUUGACCUUGACUCUCCACCUAUCUGUGGUUUGACAGGGUGAAGCUCUGCCUUAAAAUGCAUGUUGAUGGAGAUUUAAAUGUAUUUUUUAUUUUAUUUUAUAGUUUUGUUAAAUUUUGAAUUGAAAUAUUAUUAUUGUUUACAGUUUACAGAAUAAGGCUUUGGUUACUUUAGUUACUGUUGUGUUUUGUAAUGUUUUUUAUUUUAAAAAAGUUAAAUGGUAUUUUAAUUAAAUAAUUAAAAGUUCAACCUGAGCACAUGGAGAAAAUUAGGAACAUUUGAAGAACUUUUGCUGGAUUUUACACCAUUUUUGUAAAAGAAGCAGAAUUUUUACUGAAUAAGAUUUGAGGUUUUUAAAUCUUUUUUAAAGAUGUAUUUAAAUAUUUUGCUUAUUAUUCUGCUUAUUAAAAAUUAAAAUACUGUAA